AGGGACAAUGGGAGGGAGUGACUCACUCGCUUUAUAAAGCUGUCCCAACAUGUUCGAGGAAGGACCACAGCUACUGAACCGUCGUAUCAAAAACAGUCAUAUCAGGACACCGUAAUGGGCAGCUUGGUGAAAACAUUCAUUUUCCUAGACCUGGAAGCUACUGGCCUUCAUGGAGAUCAUCCCAAAAUCACAGAGCUUUGCCUGGUGGCUGUCCAUGUGUCUUCACUGAAGAAUCCAACAACCAAUGACUCAGGGGAGAUCCAGCUACCUCGAGUGUUGGACAAGCUUUGCCUUUGCGUAGAUCCAGGAAAGCCCCUCACUCCAAAAGCCUCUGAAAUCACUGGUCUGGACAAUGAGCUACUGAGAUCCUGUGAGAAGGAAACAUUUGAUGAGAGCCUCAUCAACACCGUCAUCCAGUUUAUAAACCGUCAGGCUCAGCCAGUUUGUCUGGUGGCCCACAAUGGCUUUAACUACGACUUUCCCCUACUGAAGACUGAGCUUCAUCAACAAGAUCAUGACCUCUCCAGCUCCAUCUUGUGUGUGGAUUCUCUUCAAGCCUUCCGGUAUCUGCAUAAUGAAGAGAAACCGAAGUCAGAGAAUGUCAAAGGGCAGUUUUCCCUAAUAGAAAUUCACCGACAGUUCUUCGGCAGGGAGCCCAACUUUUCCCAUUACGCAGAAGGGGAUGUGCUGACCCUAAUUCUUGCCUUCAUUUGCAAAGCAGACCGUCUUCUGGAGGUAGCCAAUUACAAGCGAUGGGGAGACGUCCAACCAAUGUACUAAUGGCUUACCUUGUUUAAAGGACCACAUUGCCACUAAUUUACUCUCCCUUAAUUAUGUGAUUCCAUCCAUGUUCUAGACUUUUCCCCCUUCCACUAGUGUGAGAUUUGUGCUUAAAGUGGACCUAUAUUUUAGAAGUGAAAACCUGAUUGAUUGAAAAAUUAACUGUGGCUAAGCUGUACAUUUUGCCUUGAAUGUCCCCAGAGUCAAUGCCUAUCCUGAUGUGUGACUGUGCCUGGGCACAUCUGCUCCUGUAGUCCCAAAGUAGCAUGCAUAUCUUCAGUGUGCGAUCAUCUCAGGCAUAUCCCACCCUCUUGCCAUACCAUUUGUGACGGAUCUCGGAUACCCCAGGUGGGCACAUCCGCCAGACCUGUGUCUCCUGUCCUCCAAACGCACCCGCAGCCUG